UCUCUAAUUCGCACCUCCUGGUUGCAGUCAGUCAGCCAGGAGGCACCAAACUGUUAACAACGAAGCCCAGGCUCUGGGUGACUUCCACUACCCUCCCACUUCCCUACUCUAGGCAUAUUUCGGAGGCGCUAGCGACGGUGGCAGGAUGUGAGAAGAGCGCGGGGCUUACUCCCCGCACUCAGCUCCUUGAGGGUUGGAGGCCAGUGGCUUCUGCGCACCGACCGGAGGACUCUGGGAAGCGCUGGAGAGGCGCGAAAGGCAGGUGGGCGAGCGGGAUUCGUGCGGACUGCCUGCACCGCAGGCUGGCUGAGCCGCUGGCUCCGCUGUCUUCUGGAGCUCGCUUGCCCCACCAGCGGUGAUUACGCCGCGGGCUGAGGCACCCCGCGUCCUGGCGUCCCAGUGUGGCGCGCACCGUUUGGCUUGACGAGGUGCGGCUGGAAGGAGGUUGCACCAAAACGAAGUCGCUCCGAAGAAUCUUGGAGGCGGGCACCUUCGAGAAUCAGUCACUGAGCUGAGAGGUGGUACCUGCCAUUCUAACUAAAGAGCCUAAUUAUUUAGGAACCCUCCUGUAACCCGUCCCCUCUCAGGUUCCCCGCAAAGUCCACGGAAGAGUCACUGAACUCCAGGAAUCUUCCGAACUUCCCUGGCAUCCUCGUUGGCGAAGGACUGGGAGUGGAGGGAAUCUGGUGGAGACUUUGUGCCCACUGCUUGGGAGACACCGUCUUUCAAAGGCUUUCCUCAUCCCAUUCAUCUUUGGGAAGCUUUUCUGACCACCCUGGAAGCCUGCGCUCUUCGGAACUCUGUCCUCCAUCUCGCCCUGGAUAUGAAAGUACACGCCUGAGACCUGCUAAACCUUGCUGUUUUUUUUGCAAGACUCGGCUGCCAAAGAACGUGAACAAUGAAGCUGCUACUUCUUCUGGCCCUGGUGAUCUGUUCUGCAGUCAGUACAAAUUUGAAGAUGGUAUCAAAAAGAAAUUCUGUGGAUGGCUGCAUUGACUGGUCAGUGGAUCUCAAGACUUACAUGGCUUUGGCAGGCGAACCUGUCCGAGUGAAAUGUGCCCUUUUCUACAGUUACAUUCGCACCAACUAUAGCACGGCCCAGAGUACUGGGCUCAGGCUCAUGUGGUACAAAAACAAAGGCGAUCUGGAAGAGCCCAUCAUCUUUUCGGAGGUCAGAAUGAGCAAAGAGGAAGAUUCCAUAUGGUUUCACUCAGCUGAGGCACAAGACAGCGGAUUCUACACUUGCGUUUUAAGAAACUCCACAUACUGCAUGAAGGUGUCAAUGUCCUUGACUGUUGCUGAGAAUGAAUCAGGCCUCUGUUACAAUAGCAGGAUUCGCUACUUAGAGAAAUCUGAAGUUACUAAAAGAAAGGAGAUCUCCUGCCCAGAUAUGGAAGACUUUAAGAAGUCCGAUCAGGAACCUGAUGUUGUAUGGUACAAGGAAUGCAAGCCAAAAAUGUGGAGAAGCAUCAUAAUACAGAAGGGAAAUGCUCUUCUCAUUCAGGAAGUUCAAGAAGAAGAUGGAGGAAAUUACACAUGUGAACUUAAAUAUGAAGGAAAACUUGUAAGACGAACAACAGAACUGAAAGUUACAGCUUUGCUCACAGACAAGCCUCCCAAGCCAUUGUUCCCCAUGGAAAAUCAGCCAAGUGUUAUAGAUGUCCAGCUGGGUAAACCUCUGAAUAUCCCAUGCAAAGCAUUCUUUGGAUUCAGUGGAGAGUCUGGACCAAUGAUCUAUUGGAUGAAAGGCGAGAAGUUUAUUGAAGAACUGGCAGGUCACAUUAGAGAAGGUGAAAUAAGGCUCCUCAAAGAGCAUCUUGGAGAAAAAGAAGUUGAAUUGACACUCAUCUUUGACUCAGUGGUGGAAGCUGACUUGGCUAAUUAUACCUGCCAUGUGGAAAACAGAAAUGGACGGAAGCAUGCCAGUGUUCUACUGCGUAAAAAGGAUUUAAUAUACAAAAUUGAGCUUGCAGGGGGGCUGGGAGCAAUCUUCCUCCUACUUAUACUGCUGGUGGUGGUCUACAAAUGCUACAACAUAGAAUUGAUGCUUUUCUACCGACAGCGUUUUGGAGGUGAUGAAACUACUGAUGACAAUAAGGAAUAUGAUGCCUAUCUCUCGUACACAAAAGUGGAUCAAGACACCCUGGACUGUGACAAUACAGAGGAAGAGCAGUUUGCUCUGGAAAUACUGCCGGAUGUCCUAGAGAAGCACUACGGGUACAAACUCUUCAUCCCAGAAAGGGAUCUGAUUCCAAGUGGAACAUACAUUGAAGAUCUCACAAGAUGCAUUGAGCAAAGCCGAAGACUUAUUAUCGUGUUAACGCCAGACUAUAUUCUCCGACGAGGAUGGAGUAUUUUCGAAGUGGAAAGCAGACUCCACAACAUGCUAGUCAGUGGAGAAAUCAAAGUGAUUUUGAUUGAGUGUACAGAAUUAAAAGGAAAGGUGAAUUGCCAGGAAGUGGAAUCACUAAAGCACAGCAUCAAACUUCUAUCACUGAUCAAGUGGAAGGGACCCAAAAGCAGCAAAUUAAAUUCUAAGUUCUGGAAGCACUUAGUGUAUGAAAUGCCCAUCAAGAAAAAAGAAAUGCUGUCCCAUUGCCAUGUGCUAGACUCUGCAGAACAGGGGCUUUUUGGAGAACUUCAGCCUAUACCUUCAAUUUCCAUGACAAGUACCUCAGCCACAAUGGUGCCAUCGCAAGCUGAUCUCCCUGAUUUCCACCAUUCGGAUUCAAUGCAAAUGAGGCACUGUUGCAGAGGGUACAAACACGAGAUGCCAACCAACACCCUGCCAGUACCUUCCUUAGGCAACCAUACUUACUGUAAUCUGCCACUGACACUACUCAAUGGACAGAUACCCCUUAAUAAUUCCCUGAAAGAGACUGAGGAAUUUACAAGGAACAAUUCCCUACUACCAUUAUCAUCCAAAGAGCUUAGCUUCACCAGUGAUAUUUGGUAGUGAGAAAAGCAAUCUCAGAACCUCUGAACAACUAUAUGAGAAUAUGGAAUUUGUGCUGCGCUGUUCUGAGCAUAAAGGGCACCUAAGAGCAUCGAGAUGCUGAAAAUGUGAAGAAAAAGGCACAAAAAUCGUGUUUAUACUGAACUAUUUUUGUUUACAUUUAUAGAAUAGUGGGGGAAUAGAAGGUCUUGAUUUUGUAGUGCAACACCUUGUCCCAAUGUACAGUUUUAUUUUUUCCUGAAAAGAAAAAAUUGAAUUGUGUCCUUUUCAAGUAGGUUCUAUGGCACCACAUGAACUGCCCAUGUUUAGGAGUUCAGCAUUUAAACAUAAUUUUCAAAAAAAAAAAAGGAAAUCCUAGAGACUCAGUGAAUUUGAAAAUUGUAAAUGAAUGUUUAAGGGAAAGGAGAACUUUUAUUGAAUAACUGAAAACAGUUGGGAA